AUGGUGAUAAUACUAUUCAUCCUUUUAAUUCUAGUAACAACUAAUGUAUGUAAAGAUACUAAAUCAACUAUGAUGAAUUCUGUAAAUAUUGGUGGAACUACAAAAUCAAGACUUAAACGAUUAUGGAAUAAUUGGCGUAUCAAUUCACAUCCAGUAAAAUCGGAUUAUAUUCCUGAUGAACUAGCGAAUAACAUUAUCACCUUGAUUGAUUGUUUGGAUAAUGAUGAAGCUUGUUCCGUUGAAGGAUUAUUUCGUAAACCUGGACAUACCUUACGUAAACGUCAAAUACAAGAGGCUGUGUUCCAAACAACUUUCGAUCCAAACGCUUUCCAACUGAAUAAAUAUAAUUUUCAUGAUUUUGCAAGUGCAUUAAAAUCAGUAUUGGUGCGUUUACCAACACCAUUAUUUACGGAACAUUUAUUACCAUUAUUCUUACAAGUAGCUGCUUUAAGAAAAUUUGAUCAAUUUCAUUUAAAGAAUAAUAAUAAUAAUAAACCUCUCAUUACCCAGGAUACAAAUUCAUCAUCAUCAUCAUCCUGCUCCAUAAAUAAUGAUUAUUUAAUUCAUUUAAUUGAAAGUAAACAAAUUAAAGCAAUCCGUUUAUUAAUUCAAUUAUUACCUAAUACAAAUAUGAAAAUAUUAAAAUGUUUAUUACAUUUAUUAAUUCGUGUUAAAAAUUUAAAUUCUAUUAAUCGUAUGACAAGUUCAUGUUUAGGUACAAUAUUUGGACCAGUAUUAUUAUCAAAUGAUUUAUUAUAUGAAACAAUUAAAAGUUUAAAAAACCAUAAACAACCACCAAUUGAAUGUCAAGAAAAAUGUCUUCAACUAAAUUCUAUCACAAGUUUAUUAAUUGAAAUUGGUUUAGAUAUAUUUUUAUUACCUUAUUCAUUGGUACAAGAUAUUUGUACUAAUAGUCCUUACAUGACAAUAUUUAAAACAGACUGUCAACCAUUACAUAAUACGAUGAAACAACAAUCGAUGCAAAUAAAGAAUAAUCGAUUGACAUUAUUAUUAUCCCCACAGUUACGUCAUUUGAAUCAAGUUCAAACAAAUAAAGAAGAUGCUAAACAAUUAGACGAUUCACCACCAUUACGUACAGCUAUUAGAUUUGCUACACCGACACCGACAAGUUUAGCUAAUUUUCAAAUGUUAGAUUCAUCACCUAUGGAGAUUUCACGAACACUUAAAAGUAAACAACAAUUGAAAUUAGAGAAUUGUAUAGAACAAACACCAGUAUUGAAAUGGAGUCGAUCAGUAGGUGAAAUCUCCUCAGAUUAUACAAUACAAUAUUCUGCUGAGAAAUCUCAACAUGAUGAUGAAAAUUUGAAUGUUACUUCUGUACGAUCAUCAAAGUUAUUGAAAAUGUCGAUGAAUAUGAAUUAUUUAUCACCUUCGAAAUACACUAAUUAUGCAAAUGAACAUUUAGAGGAUAUAUGUGUUGAUAGUGUACGAAGAAAAUUUGUCAAAAAAAGACGAUUCACUGAGUUACGUUUACCUUCAACUAUAAAUCGAACAGGUGGUGGUAGAAAUUGUCAUCGUCGUUAUUUAUUCUCACCAUGUCCCCCUAUUCCUUUAUUACCAUUUAAACGUAUAGGUGGAGAAAAACGUAACUUGACUAUUUCUCCAUUAUCUACUAUUAAAGGAACUUUAACAAAUACAGUUAUACCAUCAUGUAAUAUUGUAUAUGUGUUACAAUAUUACUUUUACUUUGUAUAUAACUAUCUAUCUUUAUCAGAUCAAUUUAGAAGAAAGUUUGAACUAUUUCAACUGUGUUAG